GAACGGUUUGCAUUUGUGCAUGAUUUAACUGUUGAUAAAAGUUUGUCAAGUCGCUCGUAGGUUUUUCAGGGAAAAAUACACAACAGCAUCAAAAACAAUAGUCAACUCAGAAGCAGUAGUUUUUUUUUGGAAUUCCACAGUUUUAUAUUUUAAUUCCACCACCAUGAAUCUUAUGGGCGUCAAACAAUAUAUUUCAAUUGCUCUGCUUUAUUUCACCAUGACGGCAGAUAUGUACGAGAUAAUCGUGGAACAGUUCAAAAUAUGUGACAAAAACUCCACCCGUAAGUUGAUCGACGCUAAAUACAACUAUUCGGCCGCUACCGGCGUAGGUCGUGGGUAUUAUGAAAUAGUUAUGCCUUUCCAAGACGAAGACAACAUGAUGCUAACCAUGGACGUCUUUAAGGACACAAACGGCACGUGGGUAAGAGACCCCGACUUAAGUUCACAGAGAAUGAACUUUUGUUUGUUGUUGGCCUCGGACAUGUUGCUUUGUCCGCUUUUUCGAAAAAUGUUUAUGCGGAUCGACGAACAAUGUCCAAUAUCUAAAACCAGAUUUGCUAUUAGUGGCAGUAAGUUUGCUACCAAAUACAGACCUCUGUUGCCGUUCGGUUGUUGGAAAAUUGUGUCUACUCAACAGCAUGACGAUCACAUAGAAAACCUCUGUAUGAUUUUUCAUUCUGGCACUUCAUUUUCUCUGAAUCAUCCAACGUGCAGUUUGCCUUUAGAUAACUCGCACUAAUUAUACUCAACGUCGUUGAAAAAGCUAUUAAGCACUCAUCAUAAUAAGAAUAGGGUUUCUUUUAACAAUU